GUGGGUCCGACGGAGCCGGAGCGCAGCGGCCGGGGAAGCGAGGCCUGCGCGGGGCGGCGGGCGCAGGGAGCGGCGCAGCCUGGACGCGCGCGGGGCCAGGCUUCCGGGAGUGACCGCAGGCCACCAUGAACAGCGAGGGCGACCAUAACUUCAGGCGGGUGGCCAUCCGGCGGAAGUCAGGCUCCUACCUGCCGCCCGGGAUCCCCCGGCCCUGGAGCAGGCCCUCACCGCACUUGCGGCGCCUUGACCGCAUCGCGGUCCCGGCCCAGGCCGCAGGCAUCAAUACCUGUACAAAGGUCACUCCACCUUGUACAACAAGCAACACAACCACAGAAGCUCAGGGAAUAAAUGGGAGGACACCAGCAAAACGCUCCGCUGCAAGUCCAAAGCCACAAGUGCCUCCAAAACCAUUAUAUCUGCAGAAUUCACCUUCAUCCCAUAUACCCCAAGUCCCCAGGCAUAAAGCUUUACCUAGAGCAAAGCCAAGGAUGGAGGAGUCUAGUCCGGCCCCUACUUCUUGUCCCUCCAAAGGGAAACAUAGUAAGGUAUCGGAUCUCAUCAGUCACUUUGAAGGAGGCAGUGUUUUGUCAAAUUACAUUGAUUUGCAAAAAGAUUCUACUAUGAACCUAAAUAUUCCUCAAACUCCAGGACCGCAUGGGUUAACCUCUACACCUCCACGAAAAUUUCUACCCCAGCACUCUCCGCAGAAGCAGGAAAUCGAUCCAGAUCAGACUCAGGGCCAACAUGGUUGUUUGGCCAAUGGUGAGGUGGCUGCACAAAACCAGAUGGAUUGUGAAGAUGAGAAGGAGACUGCUCUUAGCCCAGAGAUGGCUAUCCAGACUGCUGCCGCUGCCUCGCCUGAUACACAUGUGCUGAAUGGAGAAAGAAAUGAAACCACCACAGAUUCUGUAUCAUCUAUAACCAACAGCCAUGAUGAAAAUGCUUCUGACAGCAGCUGUAGGACUCCGGAGACUGACUUAGGGCUUCCCUCAAAAGAAGGAGAGCCAGGGAUGGAAGCUGAGCUCCCAGAGAAGGAAAAUGGGGUGAGCACCGUGGGAUUGGAUACACUAGACCAGCACCAUGAAGUGAAGGAGACUAAUGAGCAGAAACUUCACAAAAUAGCCACUGAACUUUUGCUUACAGAAAGAGCUUAUGUCAGCCGGCUCAACCUCCUAGAUCAGGUAUUUUAUUGCAAACUAUUAGAAGAAGCAAACCGAGGCUCAUUUCCUGCAGAGAUGGUGAAUAAAAUCUUUUCUAACAUUUCAUCAAUAAAUGCCUUCCAUAGUAAAUUCCUAUUACCUGAGCUGGAGAAGCGAAUGCAAGAAUGGGAAACUACACCCAGAAUUGGAGAUAUCCUGCAAAAGUUGGCGCCAUUCCUUAAGAUGUAUGGAGAAUACGUAAAGGGGUUUGAUAAUGCAGUGGAACUGGUUAAAAACAUGACCGAGCGUGUUCCCCAGUUCAAAUCAGUGACGGAAGAGAUUCAGAAACAGGAGAUCUGUGGAAGCCUGACCCUGCAGCAUCACAUGCUGGAGCCGAUUCAGCGGAUUCCUCGCUAUGAGAUGCUCCUGAAGGACUACCUGAAGAAGUUGUCUCCUGAGUCCCCAGACUGGAAUGAUGCAAAAAAGUCACUUGAAAUUAUAUCUACAGCAGCAAGCCAUUCUAAUAGUGCAAUAAGAAAAAUGGAGAACCUGAAGAAACUUUUAGAAAUUUAUGAGAUGUUGGGAGAAGAAGAGGAUAUUGUAAAUCCUUCAAAUGAACUAAUAAAAGAAGGACAGAUCCUCAAACUAGCAGCUCGGAACACAUCAGCACAAGAGCGCUACCUCUUCUUAUUCAACAACAUGUUGCUAUAUUGUGUGCCCAGAUUCAGCUUGGUUGGCUCAAAAUUCACAGUUCGAACCAGAGUUGGCAUUGAUGGAAUGAAAAUUGUGGAGACUCACAAUGAAGAAUAUCCACACACUUUCCAGGUAUCUGGGAAAGAAAGAACCCUGGAGCUGCAGGCCAGUUCUGAGCAAGACAAAGAAGAAUGGAUCAAGGCCCUUCAAGAGAGUAUUGAUGCUUUUCACCAAAGGCAUGAAACCUUCAGAAAUGCAAUUGCAAAGGAGAAUGACAUUCCUCUAGAAGUUUCUACUGCUGAGCUAGGAAAACGAGCCCCAAGAUGGAUACGUGAUAAUGAAGUGACCAUGUGUAUGAAGUGCAAAGAAUCCUUCAAUGCACUGACCAGAAGGCGGCAUCACUGCCGGGCAUGUGGACAUGUGGUUUGUUGGAAAUGUUCUGACUACAAAGCUCAGCUUGAGUAUGAUGGUGGAAGAUUGAACAAAGUGUGUAAAGACUGUUAUCAGAUAAUAAGUGGACUCACGGACAGUGAAGAAAAGAAAAGAAGGGGCAUUUUAGAGAUUGAAUCAGCAGAAGUAUCAGGAAAUAGUGAGGUGUGUAGUUUUCUCCAGUACAUGGAAAAGUCAAAACCUUGGCAGAAAAUAUGGUGUGUGAUCCCCAAGCAAGACCCCCUUGUGCUGUACAUGUAUGGUGCUCCUCAGGAUGUCAGAGCCCAGGCGACCAUACCCCUCCUGGGCUACAUUGUGGAUGACAUGCCUAAGAGUGCAGAUCUGCCGCAUAGUUUCAAGCUGACCCAGUCCAAAUCUGUGCACAGCUUUGCUGCAGACAGUGAGGAACUGAAACAGAAGUGGCUGAAAAUCAUCCUUCUAGCUGUCACAGGUGAGACACCAGAUGGCCUAAGUGAGCAUCUAGCCACCUUGAACAAUCUCCCUGGACCCAAGAAAAAGUCAGAAUGCUAAACUCCAGCAGCUGCCAGUGUGGAGUCUCCAGUAAGACACAUAGCUCAAGACAUCCCUAGCUCUCCUUCCUUGUCUCUUAGCACUUUGCUUUGUGAAAUAUGGUUUCAUAAACACAUCUUUUGGGGACUUCUUUCAUAUGUUUAUAUGUAGUAAAAUCAGUGUGCAGAGCCAUUCUUCUGUUGAAGUUCUGAAAUAAUGUGGAAAAUGGAACCUUUUUGAUAAGCUAUUCCUUAACUGUGUAUGUUUGCCUUGAGAGGGGAAAUGUUAAUUGAUUCAAUCACUACCUGGUUAUAAUGGGCCUUUCAUUUAAGACAUCCUUCAGUGUCUUGUUCACAUGUAGGACUUGUAACAGUAUGAAAGAUAUACCUCCGUGUAACCAAAAUAGAUCUAUGGUAAAAAGUACAGGGACACUUUAGAGUAUUGUAUGAACUUGUCUAGUUUGUAAGUCUCAUGCUACAUAAAUAGUUUUUGUUCUUAUACAACACAAAAAAUUAUGGGUUCCUGAUGUUGAUACUUUUUGACUUAAUAUAAUACUUGUUUUGUAGAAUUACUCCUAAUAAUAAAAUAUCUAAAAUACAAAUCAAUUUGCCUGUAUAUAAUAUUGAAAAUAAGUAUGAAUAUGUCAGCUUUUCUCUUCAGCUUUAGUUUUGUUUUCACUCUGGUUAAUUUUUUAAAUAUAAAACCUAUUUUAUUUCUAAACUUAGCAGUAUUCUAAAUUUAAGAAAAAUUGAUAAUUUAUGUUGAACUGAUUAGAAUCUAACUGUAUUGAUAUUUUUAUAGUAAAAAACAGUAAUUUAUGUAGUGUCGGUUACAGUUUGAAUUCCAACAGUAUUUUUAGAGUACUAUUUUUCUUUUGUUCUGUACCUAUUUAAAGCAGUGCCUCUCUUAGAAGGUGCUAUUAAUUCUUAUUUAGAUAAAAGAUGAGAGUUUAGUAAAUAUUAACUAAGCAUUAUUAUUUUUAACUACUCUGAUUAUUCUCAACUUAAGUGCACUUUGGUCACAGAUUAAAAAUGUAUGGUUUAUUUUACAUUUUAUAAUAACAUAAUUGUCAUGGUAAUUUAAUGUCAACAUGUACAAAAACUUCCUAAAACUUGAACUAUAUAAGACACCUGACCUUAUAGAGACCUGGGAUAUAUGGAAGGCGUUGGUUUGCCGUUCCCUGCCCUCCUUUCCCUCAGGCUGUUAUGGACAGGUAAAUGAGGAUGACAUCUAAUGAACACAGAGUGACUGGGUGAGCUUUCCUUCUGUCAGCUACAAAGCAGAGCUCGUGUGUGCCAGCUUAUCUGGCAGAAGAGAGUUAUUAGUAAAGGAAAUUUAUGCUUAAUCAUUCACUAGAAAAGAUAGCUGAAACCAGGAUUUCAGAAUCAAUAGUGGCAGGUUUCUCUGAGAUGGGAAGCAUGAAAGAAACUGCAGAAUUGUUCUCCCUUUAUAUCCCAGACUCUCAGAUGAACUAUGGCUGUCUCCUAGGUUGUGCUUGUGACUAAAAUCUGGUGUUGAGUUGACUGUUUAAUACUUCUCUCAUAUUAGAGUUUUUUUCUUUCUUUUCCAUUCUCCAAACAUUACCACUUUUACUGUAGUGUUUACUAGGAAUACAUAAGAAUGUCAUCACUACACACAAUCUUUAAGGGCUACACUUGAGAUGUAGGGUACCAUUUCUCAGAAAUUGAGACCACCACACAUUUUUAUACAGCUCGUGUUGCACAAGAAAAGUCUCUUGGUUUUUUUUCUACUCCAGAAGAACAAGGAAACCAAUUAGUUUGCUUUCCUUCAUGAAAUACCAGACAUGACCAUUAACAUUAAGCCAUCUGUUUAGAAUCACUAAUGGGCAAAACAAAAAGCUAACUUCUUAUUCCCUACUAGAUGAGGGUCAUAUAAAAAGAAAUUGUAUAUUGUUUCUCUUUUGUCAGCAUUGAUGCUGUGUUUAAGUGGGAGGAAAGAAACCAGGUGUGCAGGGUACCUGUUGACAAAAUUAAACAAUAACUAUACAUCUUACUUUAUUUUUCAUAUUUCAAGAAAAGCAGCAAAAUGUAGAAUAAUUUUAGUAAAAUCAGAAUAAGUAAAAUCACAAUGUAAUAAAAUCAGAAUAAGGAUGACUUUUGUAAAUAUAAAUAGAAUAAUGAGUGGGCUAUCUCAUUUAGAAGAUUUAUGUCAGAUUAUAUUAAAAAAAAAAACCUAUUUAAUCAGCAAGAAGACUACAUGCUUGCCUACCAGCAAAUUCUUCAAUAGAAGGGAUGUGUUUAGAUAUUCAGUGUAGUUUAACUUAUACUAUUGAAAGGAUAUUCAUAAAAAGGAUGUUAGCAUGCUCCUAGUGUUCAUUCAGUAAGGAGUGUGAGUGCCAGAAGAGGAUCUUCUCCAGUCGCUACCUUUACUUCUCCCCACAAUGAGUCAAGCACAAACCACUUCCCCCAUCUCUCUCAAAAUAACCACAAAUGCUUUUAGUGGGAGAAAAAAGUAAUAGAAUAAUAUUAAUUACUUAUUAAGUACUCAACUCUGAGGCUAAGGAGAAUUCUAUGCAAGGAUGAGAAACAGUUCAGUCAGAUCUCCAGAACCCAUGUAAAGGCCAGGCAAGCAAGGGCAACAGAAGUGGGGCCAGGAAGUCUUGGUGAAGGUGCUCUACCCAGGCAAGCCAGAGCAGCGAGUACAGGAACAGCACGUAACCUUGCCUCAGUGCAUGAGGUAGAGAAGCACCAAGGAAGUCACCUGACAUCAGCCUCACAUCUCUCCACAUAUGCACAGUUCCCUAAAUAUAUUGUGAGCACACAUGCAUGGACAGUGUGCAUGCACAUACAUAUCAAAAAUUUAGUUCAAAUAAACUCUAAUCCAAGAGGUUGUUAGAAUAACUAACCUCUUUCUGAGAUAAGUGGGGUUUCAUAAUAAACUGAGCCUGAACAUAGUAUCAGUUCCUUUCCUGAUCAAAUAAGUGUUUCAUAUGGUUCUUAAUUUGUUAUUUUCUCUAAUUUAGUGCACUCAAACAUAAUCUUUAAGAAAAAUGUCCUUCCUUCAAACUUAAAAAAAUAUUUCUUUGGUAAAGUUGUUAUUCAUUCAAAGCCGUUCAACUUUCAACUUAAUUGUUGCUUUUUGUUGAAAGUCUACCAUUUGGUAAAGGUGAAAUGUGGUACAUGCUUUCAUCUAACGUUUUAUGUGGAGUUCAAUAAUGAAAAAUGCCACUAGCCACUUUUGUAAUAAUUCCAAGCAAUAAAAUUCUCCAGGUAUGAAUUUAUGCCAAAAAUUUAACAUGAAGGCCCUAAGCUAUAGCAUAUAGAGAAUCAACUUCUGAGAAGUGAUAAGAUAAUCCAAAUUGCUGAGCACGGGGGGAAGAAGGAAGGCAUCAUCCCAUGGCUUCAGACGGAUCAACUGUGUUGAAUUUCUCUUAUUUAGAAUUAUUUAUUUACUUUAUGAAUAUGAGUACACUGUCACUAUGUUUAGACACACCAGAAGAGGGCAUCAGAUCCUAUUGCAGAUGAUUGUGAGCCACCAUGCAGUUGCUGGGAAUUGAACUCAGAACCUCUGAAAGAGCAGCCAGUGCUCUUAAUUGCUGAGCCAUCUUUCCAGCCUGUGUUUAAUUUCUACAAAGGCUAUGUAUAAUGCAUACAUACAUUUCUACAAAUGUAUGUAUAUGAAGCAGUUCAUUUUCUCUGCUCUGUUUUAUCAACUGUGUUGUACAUUUCUAUGAAUUGAACUCAACAUAAAGGCUGCCAUGCUAUCUUCAUUGGAUUACCUACACCAUUUUUUUUAAUAUAGGAAUUAACUUUGUAAAUGUUCCCUGUGGAAUUUUCUAAACAAGAGUAUCUCUUGCCAUCAGAACUGUUUAAAGCAGACUAUAAUUCCAUGGUACUUCAGGGUUGUUGAAGAGCCACUGAUGCCUUCUAAAAUCCUCUACUUCUGGAGUUCAUGAUUCUGGUUUUUGGGGUUUUUUUGUUUGUUUGUUUUCCUCCUCUUGGUUGAAAUGUAAGGAUUUUCUCUCCUUCAGGUAUUUUCAGAUAUCAUUUGUUUAUUUCCAAAGCUUUAACUUAUUCAGAGUGUAUUGUCUGAAAUGCAUUCUUAAUCAUGAUCUCUGUCAGUGUGUUGUCAUGGCAAAUGAGCAUGAAUAAGAGCAAAUCAGUUCCCGGAAAGCAUAGGUUUUAUUUAUCUCUGUUGUUAUAAGAGUAGAAGGUAACUUAGCUUUCCUACAUCACAUGAUGUUCAUGUCAAUAGAUCUAAGAUAAGCACAUGUAUGUAUAAUCUAACAUUUGAAAGACAGAACAAUCUUAGUGUUUUCUUUAAUGUUGUGAUCUUCAAGAAUGUAUGAAGUAAAAAGUGAGGCUAAGGAGUUCCUCUUAUUAGAGUUACAUUCACAUUUGUAGGGGAUCCUGUCACUUCUUCAUUCUAAGUUUCAUUAGAAUCAAGUUUUUUAUUUUCAUAUAACUAUCAAACUAUAGGUUCCCUAGAUUUAAAAAUAAAAGCAUUAGACAAUUAGAUCUGUCUAAAAACUCUGUAUAAAUGUAAAAAUUAUUAAUCUUCAAUUCUCACCAAAGAACAAAAUGUUAUAUAAAUUUUAAUUUAAGUAUUUAACAAAUUAUUCACAUGUGUUUCUAAUGUUAUAAUUCAUCUUUACCCAGGCCCAUCAAUCUUGCUAAGUUACAGGGAGAGACAAUGUUGCUUUUGUUACAAGUACAUAAAGAACACUGAGCUUAGCAACUCAAGAGAAUGAAGGAGCUGGAUAAGUGGGCUGGCUACUAGUGUCCAUAUGAACUGCUUGGGGGAAUUAAGUUAGAAGAUAUCGAUGUACUUGUUUGUGGAUAAAAUCUUGUGCUCAGGAUUUGACCUUGGCUUCUAAAUUAUACAUAAUAUUAUCUUAUCAUUACUUUAUUUCUCCUUUAAGCUUUCACAAAAUAAUCUCAUUAUAUAAGCCAUUUUCUGCUAUUUUUCACUCUAAAGUCAACUUUCUAAGCUAAGGAAAUGGCCAAAUGCUUUGUCUUUUCUGUAUUUCAAGAUAAAAUAACACAUGGCUUCUACAAGAUAGUUUAUUUGUUGGAGGUGGGGGUCACUGAAAGUUACAUAAAGAUCACAUUUUGCUCUAAAAUUCAUUGUGAUCAAUUUGAUAAAAAAUUAAAUCAAAUUUUAGUAUAUUUUAAUAAGUGAAUACUAAAUGCAUCAAGUAAAGACAAACCAUAUAGCCCAUUAUGAUGACAGAUUUGCACUGUGUAUUAUGAAAUAUGAGGACUCAUAUAUAAUAGGUAUCAUUAGCAUUUAAUCAUUCAUGUAUAAAACCAAACUGGCAUUUCAUAUUUUAAGAGACAAUUAACUGUUAUUUAAAAAGAUAAGUAUUAUUUUGAUUUUUCUUUAACUUGUUGACUGAGUUUCAAAGGGCACAUCAGAAUUUUAUAGUUGACGCUAAUGUGAAAAUAUAAACAUCCCUAUUUUGUAGUGGUGUGAAUGUACAAUACUUGGACAUGCUGUAUAUAUAGUGUAACAUCUGUAUAUUUGAUCAUAAAGGCAGAUAAUUGAAAACAUUGUAGAAUUAAGCCUUUCAAUUCUUGUUAAAUAUGAAAUAUUUGUAUCUUGUAAAUAAAGACAUCCUUAAAUUGGUUCUGCA